CCCUGAAGGGGCCGGUUGUGAGGGAGGCCGCCUGUGGGAAAGAUGGCGGAGUCCGAGCUCGGCAGGAAGUGGGACCGGUGCCUGGCGGACUCGGCCGUGAAGCUCGGUGCCGGCUUUGGGUUAGGAAUUGUUUUCUCAGUUAUCUUCUUUAAAAGAAAGAUGUGGCCGUUGGCCUUUGGUUCCGGCACUGGUUUGGGAAUGGCCUACUCCAACUGCCAGCAUGAUUUCCAGUCUCCGUAUAUCGUGCAUGGAAAAUAUGUCAAAGAGCAGUGACUGAUGACUGAGAACAUCCCGGUGGGAGGAAAAGAGAAAUCAUGUUUAUUCCUCAGGACUAUCGAAGUGCCCCUGGAGUAAGCCGACAUUCAUCUCGAACAAUGUUAUCCGUGACGCUUUCUACUCCAGCACACUGUUUAUGUAUCUGAAAACCAAGUUCUGUUUCUUGUUUUGUAUUUUCUCUCUGGAAGUUGCAAGGAGAAGGUUGUAGGAGAAAUAAAUUAAACAAAAAUGCGGU